AUGUACAUUCAAUUUGCAAUUGUGCUAGCAACCUUACUUGCCCGUGCAGAAGUCAUGGCUCAAGCUUCUCAAAUCAAUCUGAACUUUAAGCUCAAGGAACCUGCCCCAGUUGCACGCUCUGUCACCAAAAUAAGCAACAAUAUUUGUAACAACUUUCCCGACAAAAGCAAGUAUUGGGCAAUCAACGACGGUGCAGACUACCUACGCAAUUUGCCUGGUCAGCCGACUAAUGGCCCUGGUCCCGCGCUAAAGACCUUGUCACCAGAUGCUCUGGCGUCGUGGGCGGUCAAGGCCUGGUUUGUGGCCAGAACUUUGGACUGGGAAAUUGGAACGUUAUUAUUCGUGGCGCUUCUUGUUAAAGUCUUCGUGGCACACCACCUUGGCAAAGUCGAAUCUUUUAACCAAACCUCGCCUGCCACUGAUUACGAAUAA